UUGCAGAGGUAGCGCGGGAAAUCUGACCCGACAGUGGCGCGCCUGCUGGGGUGGUCCGCCGGGAUGGAGGAGGUGGAGGCUGAGGAGCAGCGGCAGUUCUCUCACCGGCAGAGGCUAAAGGCCGCAGUUCACUACACAGUUGGCUGCCUCUGCCAGGAGGUCGCACUGGACAAACAGAUGCAGUUCAGCAAACAGACCAUCGCAGCCAUCUCGGAGGUGACCUUUCGUCAGUGUGAAACUUUUGCUAAAGACCUCGAAAUGUUUGCCAGACAUGCAAAAAGAAGCACAAUUUCUACUGACGACGUGAAGCUCUUAGCCAGGCGGAGUAACUCACUGCUAAAAUACAUCACAGAGAAGAACAAAGAGAUUGCUCAGCUUAACCUAGAGCGAAGGGCCAAGAAGAAGAAGAAGCCGGAGGAUGAAAACAGGAGCUCUCGGGAGCCCGAAGCUGAGGUGCUGGACAGUGAGAGUUAAGCUCUGGCCACCUGGAGGAGGGAGCCUUCAGCAGGGAGAUUUGCACACCGCCAAGGGCAGCCUGAAAGGAUAAGUAGAGACGUUUAAAUGAAAAAUAAAAAGUGUCGGGGCACCUUUUUGUGCUGCCUGUUUAAAGUCACUCUCAGCAGAAGCUUAUAAGAGCUGGGAGUUCCUGCAAAGCCAUUGCACACGUCACUCAGCACAGGGAAGGCUUGUGUUCGGAUGGAGGCGCCCUGUGAGCUGCUGACUGAUGGAGUGUGCUAGCAGUCAGGCGUGCUGCAUGUUUUGGGAGGUGAGCACAGUCCUUCACUGUUUAUUCUCUAGGCCAAAUGACGGUCUCUGAAAGGUGAGCGAUGCUGUGUUCACUUAGCUCUGGCUACUAAGGUUUCAGGCCCGCAGCCCCUUGAUCACCAGGGAAAGAUGGUGUUUGGAAGUGAAAGUUUCUUAAAGGUGAUUUUCUUCAAACACAUGGUUUUGUGUGAUUUCUCUAGCAAUUUUGUAAGUAAGCCUUGACUCUCCUGAGCAGAACUUUGCUUGAGGAGAAAGUCUGGAGCCAUGAGUGUCCGAAGGGCCCUGUUCUACUGUCCCUAUGUCUCAAGGGCUGUGUGAUGCUCAGGGCCCACUCUCCCCCUUACAGAGUGGUAGGGGCACAGGCAGUGUCUGGGCCAGCGGGACAGCUUGUUGGGUAAAGGUGCCAGCCCAGUGUAGUCCUGAGUGUGAUCCCACGGUCCCAUGGUGGAAGGAAGCAGGCCCUGGAAGUUGAGGAGGGCUGUGAUCUUACUGUAGGUAGGGGCUGCCUGUCCAAUUGCUUUGUUUCAGUGGUAAGCCUUGGAUCUCAAGGGUCUAUGGUGGUCUGAAGCGGGCUUUUUGGGUCUGGCUGGCUAUGAGGGGUCUGCAUUUGUCCCCACAGUUCUGAACCCAUGAGGAAUGGGAGGUGGCCCAGGACUUUGCCACUGUCUUGAAUGGAGGUGGGCUCUCAGCUGGCUAAGUACAGGUUUCUCAGAUAGUGAGUGUAACCUACACAGAGAGGCAUCUUACACUUGCCCAUCUAUCAACUUGUAUUCUUAAAAGUAAAUUUUAAAAAGGUGCCAGCCAGGUGUGGUGGUACACGCCUUUGAUCCCAGCACUCAGGAGGCAGAGCCACUCGGAUCUCUGUUAGUUCACGGCCAGCCUGGUCUACAACAGGGUUGUAGACAGAGAAAACCUGUCUUGGGGGAAAGAAAAAGAUGUCUGCGUCAGGGGGAGGGGCACAUGUGUGCGGGUCAGAGGACAAGUUUGUUAAAGCACCAGUAUGUUCUUCCCUCCCACCGGUAUGCAGGUUGCAGGGUGAAGCUGUAGGUUAUCAGCUUUGUAUUACAAGUGCUGUGUUCAUUGAGCCAUCUUGACAAUUCCAUAAACAGUAAUUCUGCUUCUUUCCUUCCUUCCUUCCUUCCUUCC